GCCGGUCAGUAAUGCCGCGGCGACACACAGCGACGUACGAUCACGACGUUUUCCAUCCACGAGCUUCCGCGGCCAGCGGAACCGCCGGUUUGGCGCCAAUUUCGUACAGGUUGCUGCGCUCAAAAGGUUAAACACGUCGCGCAAUCCCGAUCGUCUGCGAUCGAUCCGUCAUGUCCGCCGUAAAACCGAGCGCCUGAAAAAAUCGGAAAGAUGCCGGCCGGCAUUUCCGCCUUGGCGCCCUCGACGGACGCGGGAUCGUUCGAGCAUGAGGCGAAGAAUCCUCCAGCCUUCACGAUCCUGCAGAAGGAUGGACUGGACUCGAGCCUGCCGCUCCUCCACGUCAACGAGGAGGACGAGAUGAACGCGUCGCGGCUCACCAAUCUCGAGAACAUGAAGAACGAUCUGUACAGCCGCAGACGCAUCAGUAAGUCGAACGAUCACCUGGUCCUCGCCAGUCUGCAAGCGCACCAAACGAAUCCGCUGCGGAAGAAGCACCAGAGCAAGAGCCAAGACAGCUUGACCGCCGAGGAGAAGCCGGCCAUGACCAAAACCAGUAUCGUCCUGUCGACAGAGGACUUCAACGAGGUGCUCAAUGCCAAACUGAAGAAAAUCCAAGAGCAGGCCGAGGCCGAGCAGAGUCGCAGGUCGCCGAAGAAAUCGAUCUUGCCGCAGAAGAAGCCGUUCAUCACGACCGUAAAGACCGGUGAAUUCCUAAUGCCGCCGCCGGAAGUAGCGGCCCUGCUCGGCAUUGCGCCCAACGGAAACGACGAGGAGGCGACGACGACUACGACGGCGGAUGGAUGCUCGCUGAAGAGCAAGUUCAAGUCGCUGGUGUCGCUGGCCAAGAGGCCGGAAGUACGUCACAGCAGCCACAACGCGAGAUGUCCGGCCGCCCUCAAGGCCACCGUGGACUUCUCCCUCGGCAUGAUGAACGCCACCACCAUCGCCGCUUCGACCUUGGACGAGCGGGCGAGGAGGUUCAAGAGAAGCGAGUCGGCCAGAUUCCCGCAGGAGCCGCGAGCUUUACCGAAAAAGUUGGAACCGAUCGAGGGCAUGAUGAACGCGCUGCCGAGACUCCGCGGCGAUCAACCGGUUCCGUUCAGGAACAUCAUGUUUGAUCACCGCGUGGCUCGUGGGACUACAUGUGCUUCCGUACCUGCUCUCAUCGAUGGUGAACAAUCGAUCGCAGCGAGGCAAGCGGAAGCGAGGCGAAGACAUUUGGCGCGAAAGCGUGCUCAAGCGCAAGCUACGAAAGCGCUCAUCAUGAGAAUCGGCUCUCCGCCGCCGGUUCCUGGCAGGAAACACGAACCAGUACAGACGGAGGUCUUUCUUGAGGAGCUGGCCGAGAAGCCGGACGAAUCCGAGAUAGCCACGCAAACCGAUUACUACGAGAAACCGGUGACACCGAGAUAUUGCCCGCCUAAGACUGGCCAAGACGCUUACACGCAGAUUGAACCCGGGGAGCUAUUCGACUACGACAUCGAGGUUCAGCCGAUUCUCGAGGUAUUAGUCGGCAAAACCAUCGAGCAAGCCCUGAUCGAGGUGUUGGAAGAAGAAGAAAUCGCCGCUCUCAAGGAACAGCAAAGAAGAUUCCUCGAACUACGCGAUGCCGAGAAAGCUGAAGAGCAACGAUUAGCGGAACAGGACAGGAGACUCAGAGAAGAAAAAGAUCGACGCCUGAAACAACAGGAGAAAGCGAUGAAAACUCAGCAGGAAACUGAGGAGCGCGUCGCAGCGGCGGUAUUGUUAACGGGAUACAUCGCCGAACUCUUACCCGCGGUUCUCGAAGGCCUGAAGAUAUCUGGCUUCCUAUUGGACGACAUCAAAGCCGAUGUCGAGGGAGGUUUCAUGCCGUGGUUAAUGAAAGAAGUGAAAAAGGAGAUGGGUAACAUGAUCGAAAGUCGAGAAUUGUUAAUGGAGAUUAUCAGGGAGAUCUUGGAGAAUCGCGCACAAACCUAUCGGCAACUCGGUGAGGAAUACGACGCCUCGAGAGACAAGAGACUAGUGACCGAGGAAAACGUGGAGGAGGGUGGAGUUGACAGCAACUUCGUGAAUUAUCAGUCACCACCGGCGAGUGGAAAUCAUGACGCGGUUUAGCGAGUUCGGUCUGGCUUGCGAAUGCACAACGCUUUCGAGACGGAUUAAGAAGCUGAUUACGUUCCGAAAUAUAAUUUGUGGUUUAUUUAUAGCCAGUCCCCAAAAUAAAUAAU